GCCAUUUUCGGGACUCACAAUCUGGAUCCGUAGGUAACCCAGACCCGUGUCUCUGGAGCUUUCCCAGGAGAGCUAAAAAUAAAAAAGGCAUCCCUCUCGGAAGCUGUUCCGUUCAUGCGAGAGCACGUUUGCCACCAGGAUCGUGCGGGUUUUGACUGCCCAGUGAACCAUGGCCCAGAGCCCGGUUAUCCUGCAGUUUUGCUUCUCCACCUUCGGGGAUUCCAUGCUGCAGAAAAUGAACGCGCUACGCCGCCAGAGCCGGUUCUGUGACGUGACGGUCCGCAUCAACGAGCUGGAGGUGCCGGGCCACAAGGUGGUGUUCGCUGCCGGCUCGCCCUUCCUCCGCGAUCAGUUCUUCCUGCAGGACUCACGGGAGGUGCAGAUCUCCAUGCUGCAGAAGGCGGAGGUGGGCCGCCGCCUGCUGCUGUCCUGCUACACCGGCACGCUGGAGUUCCCCGAGCUGGAGCUGGUGAACUACCUGACGGUGGCCAGCUUCCUGCAGAUGGGUCAUGUCGUGGAGCGCUGCACUGAGGCCCUAAACAAAUUCAUCAAACCCCGCGAGGCUCCGGAGGAGCGCGUCGUUACACAGGACGGCCGGCGGGGCCUGGCGGUGGCCGAGGCAGAGAAGAAGGAGGAAGAGGAGGAGGAGGUGGAUGAUGAUGAUGAUGAUGAUGACGACGACAAUGAUGAUGAUGAGGAUGUGAUAAUCCAGCCAUGUUCGCCGCCCUCGAGGCAGACCCGUGAUCGGAGCGAGGGCGAAGAGAGCCCCAUCACCAUCGUGAAGGUGGAGUCUGUGUGCGACCGUGUGACGGACAUGCCCAGCAGCCUACAGGGUCGCUUCCCCGCCUCUGGCUCCGCCCCUCCGCUGCACACGCCCGAACCACAACACUCGCUCAUCAACUCCACCGUUGACACACGGGCGGCCGAGGUGGCAGCGCCACCCCUGCAGGGCUACACCCUGAGCCCCACUGGGGGUCCGGCGGGGAAGGGCUCCCUGGGAGGGCACCUGCGCAGUGUAGACAAGGGCCUGCAGUGGUACCACCAGUGCCCCAAAUGUGCCCGCGUCUUCCGUCAGCUGGAGAACUACGCCAACCACCUGAAGAUGCACAAGCUCUUCAUGUGCCUGCUCUGCGGCAAGACUUUCACCCAGAAGGGCAACUUGCACCGGCAUAUGCGCGUCCACGCCGGCAUCAAGCCCUUCCAGUGCAAGAUCUGCGGCAAGACCUUCACCCAAAAGUGCUCACUGCUGGACCACCUCAACCUGCACAGCGGUGACAAGCCCCACCGCUGCAACUACUGUGACAUGGUGUUCGCCCACAAGCCGGUCUUGCGCAAGCACCUCAAGCAGAUCCACGGCAAGAACAGCUUCGACAACGCUCACGAGCGCAGCCUCCAGGAAGGCUCCAGCGACUUCGAGUACGGCCGGCUCCAGGACUGUGGCUCUGACAGCAAGCCCCUGCUCAUGGAGGACCCCAUGUAGUGUCGAGGUUGCCCGCCCUGCACCUCUCUCCGCAGCCUCCUGGUGCUGCUUAACGUUACUGUGUCGUUUCUGGCUCGGAGACCGACGUGUCCAGGCACUGGAAUGCAAAGCAGAUGCAAGCAGCUGGCUGGACAAUGCCAAAGGCUGUUUAUCAACCCCAAACACUGUGUCCAUUUUCAAACGAGAGGAGGCCAUUCUUCCCAAUGAGCCUCGACGUUUUUAAUUUUUUAAAAAAAGCUGCUUAUUUAUCAUUUAUUUCUUUUAUCAAAUCAUAGAUGUAAUUUAGAAAGCUGAGAAGGUCAUAUCAGAUCAUUGCUUGUUUAAAGGUACAAGCGUAGAAGAAAAACACAUUAUAGAAAGAAAUGUUGAUCUGAGGUCAGAAGUGCUUGUGAAAGCCCAGCCUUUUGGCUAUGAGAUGGUUACCUUCUGCAGUGCAUGUGCUGGUCCCCGGGAGCCAUCCCAGUCCCGCAGCGUGUCCAGACAGGCACUGGAUUAUCUGAGACAUUGGUGGGGGGAAGCAGAUGUUGAGUUAAUUCUGAUGUGAACCAGUUAGAAAACAUUCACCCAUACAUCCGCCCUCUAACCAUUUAUCUAGCAGGUCAGGGAGUGAAAACAUUUAUUUUUACAAUCAAUUCAUGGGCUGCUAUUGAAUCGUCAGGUUCGGAACAUUAUGACACAUGGACCAUUGCUGCCGGGGGAUCUUUCCUGACAUGCCUCCACACAACCCUCUCGCUCAUUCUGCAUGUAGGUGAUUGUGACAGCCAGUUGACCUACUGUGUGACGUCCCCUGAUGGCUCUUACAGGACUUAUGGUACAUCAUCGGUGUCCUGUUUUUAUACGGGCAACACCUGCACCUCUCGAUAUUCAUUUGUGUGCAUUUAUGGACUGUAGAAUCACGUGUCUUUUACGGCUUUUCCAUUUUAACGUUAAAAUGAAAGAACCACCACAGAAUGUGAUGGUAACACACGGUUAAUUUCAUCUGAUGGGUAUAAAUGGCGUAUGAGACUCUGCACAAUGUUAAGUUGCAUUUUGAUAAGGUAAUGUGUGGUUAAAAUGUAUAUUACUGUAAUAUUAUGGUAACUAAUAAAUGCUGCAAUACUGCAGUUGAAAACCUGGACUCAGGAAAAAGCUACUCAGACACAGUGUCCAUGUGUGAUUAAGCUACUCACUGCGUCCUCAGUAAAGGAGGGUACAUGUCAUCAUUGGUAUUUUUGAAAUAUUUUGCUUAUUAUAGUCAUUUUAGAAAUAGUUUUAUUCAGUUAGGUGAGGUGUUGACUCUAAGUGUGUGAUUGUAUGUGUGCCAGUCUGUGCCCUGUAUCAUGCCCUGUCCUUGCAGGCUCACUGCGACCCUCUGUUGCAGUGUUUCUAAGCCGAGUCCUAAGGGCCACCCAGACAGUGCAUAUUUUAGCUCCCUCCCAGCUCUCAGCCAAUAAAAAAACACUUGAAUGCCUGGUAAAGGUGUGUUGGGAGCUGGGAGGCAAAUGUUGAUUGUCCUGGGGUGUCUGAGUACUAGGUGGAGAAACACUGUUCUACUGGAUGAUAUGAAUGGAAGCAUGGAUGGAUAAGUAAUAGCUUAACUGGAAAGGGUCGUCCAGGGUGGGGAUUAUCUGUCAUACUUUCCUAGAAUCAUCUGCUUCCUGCCUCUCUCUCUCUCUCUCUCUCUCUGCUUUUUGGUUUGAUGCAACACGCCUUGUUUUGUGAGCUGUGUGCGUGACCCUCCAUGUCAUUAUGUCAGGUGCCUCUGCAUUUUAAUUGGGAUUGGGAGUAGACUGACAGAACUAUGUUUGUGAGCAUGACUGCAAGGUAUAUUUUAAAUGUCCCCUUUUUAAUAGAUUUUUUUUCUUGUGACCUCGCCUUCUGCUUUUGUACUGCUGCCACCCUUGGCACUGCCGCACCUAUUGUAAUUCACAUUAGGUGGCAUUCUAUGAAAAAUAAAAUAGGUAUAGGUAUGAGAAACCUUCCAGUCAUAAGAAUAACAGCCGGUAAAUGGAAAAUGCUCACUGAAAAUCUUGUGCCCCUUUUUCUGGUGUGGGUGUGAUCUUUCCAUAAUAGGGAAAGCAUUAAGUGCCAGGAAACACUGAAGAGUUUAUUUUGGAAAAUAAACAUUUUAACAUA